AUGGACCAGUACAGCCUGGGGGACGAGGGUGCCCUGCCGUCAGAAAUGCACCUCCCUUCGUUUUCGGAGAGCCAAGGGCUCAACUGCAGCGACACCCUCAACCGGGAUCUGGGUCCCAACACACGAGACCUGCUCUAUGCCGGCCUGAGUGGUUUGGACCUGGACCCCAGCCUCCCAACGCCUGACAUGCCCAGCGAGGCACUAGAGGACAACUUAGACACCCUGUCCCUGUACUCGGGGAAGGACAGUGAUUCCAUGAAACUGCUGGAGGAGUAUGCAGAUUCGGAAUCUCAGACCCCCUUGCAAGACCUGGGGCUAGGUGCACUUAAGGUGCCUAAAGAGGCUGACGAAGGAGGCAGGGCCACCUCUGGGAGUGCCAGGAAAGGAAAGCGGCAGCACAGUUCCCCUCAAAACCCACUUCUGGACUGCAGCCUGUGUGGGAAGGUGUUCAGCAGCGCCAGUUCUCUUAGCAAGCACUACCUGACGCACAGCCAGGAAAGGAAACACGUUUGCAAAAUCUGCAGCAAGGCCUUUAAGCGUCAGGACCACCUGACCGGGCACAUGCUCACCCACCAGAAGACCAAGCCCUUCGUGUGCAUCGAGCAGGGGUGCAGCAAGAGCUACUGCGACUACCGCUCUCUGCGCCGGCACUACGAGGUCCAGCACAGCCUGUGCAUCCUGAAGGAAGCCCCCCCGGAAGAGGAAGCCUGUGGGGACUCCCCCCAUGCCCACGAGGCAGGCAGUCAGCCGCCUCCCAGUAGCCUGCGGUCUCUGGUGCCCCCGGAAGCCAGGUCCCCUGGCUCCCUCUUGCCCAACCGAGACCUCCUGCGCUGUAUCGUGAGCAGCAUCGUCCACCAGAAGAUCCCUUCUCCUGGCCCAGCCGUGGCGGGGUCCUCAGACAGUGAAGGGAGGAGCACAGCCUGCCCCUGCCCCACCCCAUCAGGGUCUUCCUCCUGCACCCCAGCUGGCACCCCAGCACCCCCGGGAAUUCUGGGUACUGAGGUUCCUGAGGAGCCUCGUCUCCCGCAGGAGCCAGCCGCUGAUGCGUUCACGGCCGUCCAUCCAAGGGCAGCAGAGAACGGCGCCCCUGACCCGUCAGAGUCAGAGCCCCCGAUGCUCCAGCUCCCGUCCACCAUGGAGGGCUGGCCCGAGGGCGGCUCCCUGCCUGCCUCCCUGCCUCUCUUCCGAGGCCAGACGGUCCCUGCCAGUUCCCAGCCAUCCAGCCACAACUUCCAGUGGCUCCGGAACCUGCCGGGCUGCCCCAAGAGCAAAGGCGACAACGUGUUUGCUGUCCACAAGCCCCCUGUGCCAUCGCGUGAGGGCUCCGAAUCUGGCCCGGGGCCCAGCAGCACCUCCCCAUCGGUGGAACCCUCAUCCAGCUCGGGCAGCAGCCUGGAGGAUGCGCUGCCCUUUCCUCCCACGCUCCUGAAGACACCCGGGGAGGCCGUGGGUGACCCCAGGUAUGCCAGUGGGGAAGACGAUUCCUGGGCUUCCAAGAAGAGGUUUGACUGCGACUCCUCAUGGCAGAACCCUGGGGAGCCUGGCUUCCAGGAUGUCCAGAAACCGGGUGGGCUCCCGUCGGAUGCCACUCCGCUCUUCCGGCAGCUGUUCCUGAAGUCACAGGAGUCUCUGGUGAGCCAUGAGCAGAUGCAAGUGUUCCAGAUGAUCACCAAGUCCCAGCGGAUCUUCUCCCACACGCAGGUGGCAGCAGCCUCCUCCCAGCUCCCCAUGCCCGAAGGCAAGCAGGCUACCCUGAAGCCACCGCAGGGGCCGUGGCCACAGCAGCCCGCACCACUGGCACCCACUGCUGACUCUGUCCACGCUGGCCCUGGAAACCUGGAGCCAGAGGGAUCCCCAGCCCGCAGGAGAAAAUUCACGCCCAUGGUUCCCAGAGAGGCCUCCCCUGGCAGCACAAGACGAGACUCAAAGGGAGGACUGAAAGUGGCCACUGCUCUGCUGCCCCUCACAGGGCCAUCUCUGGACCCCUCCGGGAAUCCAGACAUUUCUUCUGUGGCAAAGCAGUUGCGAUCCUCAAAAGGCACCUUGGACCUGGGGGACAUCUUCCCUCCCACGGGCUCACGACAGACCCAGUUAGGUGGGGAUGAGCUGCCCGGAGCCCAGCUGCCUGGGAAGCAGCCUCAGGCCGAGAACGGCACAAUUUCAGGGGCCGCUAAAGGUGAGAAGGGCCCAGGCUGCUCCCGGGGCGGAGGCUGCAGGCCCUUCUCGGGUAACCCCAGAGCCCAGCGAUUCUCAGGCUUCCGGAAGGAGAAGGUGAAGAUGGAUGUGUGCUGUGCAGCUUCUCCCAGCCAGGUAGCCAUGGCCUCCUUCUCAUCUGCUGGGCCUCCCACGGAUCCCCCCCGAGACCCCAAGUCCAAGCUGACAAUAUUCAACAGAAUCCAGGGUGGAAACAUCUACAGGCUCCCCCAUCCGAUGAAAGAAGAGAACACGGCAGGUGGAUGUAACCAGCAAAAUGGGGGCCCCACAGACCGGACAGAGCCAAGGAGCACUUAUGUCUGCAAGAAUUGCAGCCAGAUGUUUUAUACCGAGAAAGGGCUGAGCAGCCACAUGUGUUUUCACAGCGACCAGUGGCCGUCGCCUCGAGGGAAGCAGGAGCCGCAGGAGUUUGGCACGGAGUUUUGCAAGCCACUGAGACAGGUGCUGAGGCCAGAAGGGGACGGACAGAGUCCCCCAGGAGCCAAGAAGCCCGUGGACAUCACAGCCUCAGCCCCUUUGGUGAUCCCUGUGUCGGUCCCUGGGGCUCCAGUGAACAGACACGCGGGGAUCAUGGCCGAGGGACAAGAGAAAGACGGGGAGGAGAGAGGCAGCAGGGAGAGCAGCCAACACAGAAAGCGGAAGAAGCGCCCCCAGCCCAAGGCGUUGUUCAUCCCUCCUCCACCCUCCACAUUUGGGGAGCGGGGCCCUGGAAGAUGCCACCAGAGCUGCCUGCGGUCUCCAGUGUUCUUGGUGGACCACCUGCUGAAGGGCUUAUUCCAGUGCUCCCCCUACACGCCGCCACCCAUGCUCAGCCCCAUCCGGGAGGGCUCGGGGCUGUACUUCAACACUCUCUGCUCCACGUCGGCUCAGGCCAGCCCCGACCAGCUCAUGAGCUCCAUGCUUGAUCAAGCGGAUGGCUCUUUCGGCAUCUGUGUGGUGAAAGACAACAGCAAGAUCAGCAUUGAACCACACAUCAAUAUAGGAAGCCGGUUUCAGGCUGAGAUCCCCGAGCUCCAGGACAGAUCGCUGGCCGGGAUUGAUGAGCAUGUCGCUUCUCUGGUCUGGAAGCCAUGGGGAGACGUGAUGACCAACCCGGAGACACAGGACAGAGUGACUGAGCUCUGCAACGUGGCGUGCUCCAGCGUGAUGCCGGGAGGGGGCACCAACCUGGAGCUUGCCCUGCACUGCCUGCACGAGGCCCAGGGCGACGUUCAGGUCGCCCUGGAGACUCUCUUACUCAAAGGACCCCAGAAGCCGUGGACUCACCCGCUCGCCGACUAUCGCUACACAGGUUCAGACAUCUGGACUCCUAUGGAGAAGAGGCUCUUUAAGAAGGCCUUCUGUGCCCACAAGAAGGACUUUUUCUUGAUACACAAGACGAUCCAGACAAAGACGGUAGCCCAGUGUGUUGAGUAUUAUUACAUCUGGAAAAAAAUGAUCAAGUUUGACUGCAGCCGAGCCCCGGGGCUAGAAAAGAGGGUCAAGAGAGAGCCAGAUGAGGUGGAAAGGACAGAAGAGAAGGUCACUUGCAGCCCUCGGGAGAGACUCAGCCACCGUCCGACUCCGGAGUUAAAGAUAAAGACCAAGAAUUACAGGAGGGAGUCCAUCCUCAACUCCAGCCCAAAUGCAGGUCCCAAGCGGACCCCCGAGCCUCCAGGCAGUGUGGAGAGUCAGGGCGUUUUCCCAUGCAGGGAGUGUGAGAGGGUGUUCGACAAGAUCAAGAGUCGAAAUGCCCACAUGAAGCGGCACCGCCUGCAGGACCACGUGGAUCCCAUCGUCAGGGUGAAGUGGCCGGCAAAGCCCUUCCAGCUGAAGGAGGAGGAAGAGGAGGAGGAGCUAGGGGCCGACGUUGGCCCCCUGCAGUGGUGA